GUAGAGCCGCGGAGCCCGACCGGUCGUGGUUUGUUUCACGCUCGACCAAAACUACCGGCGAUAAACAAAAUAAUGAGUGUACAUUACGUGCAUCGCGAGUGCAAGCGACAACAGUGUGUGAUAACAAGAAUGUAACGUGCGUGUUGUGUUAAACGGAGUGCGUUUUUGAACGUGUUUUUUGGUGUUCGGCGCGUGAACGCCAUGACCGUCGUGUUUAGAUACAAUUCGAAAGAUACGCGAAGUAACAAUUUAAGCUCAACCUGAUGACUCAUCUGUGAACCGACAAACUAGUAUCAGUGUAAGUGACAUUACCGACCGAUGUGCAUAGCAAUCCGGCUCGAAGGACCAGCCCGGAUAAUGUAUUAGCCGGUCAUGGAUGACAGAUAGUGUGUGUUGUGAAAGGAUGGGAUAAUGGGCGUUGGGUUGGGAUCUUGAAAAUGCCGCAUGCGCACUCGAGUUCCGCUGCGAGCUCGGGCGGCGACGACCUGGGCUCCACGGACGAAGUUAAGGUCUUCAAGGACGAGGGAGACGGAGAGGACGAGAAGAGGAGCUCGGAGAAUUUGCUGGAGGAGAAGUCUAGUCUCAUUGAUUGGACUGAAAGUGAGGAAAAGUCCGGAGAGCCUUAUUCGGGAAAAUUAUCAGUUAAAUCGGAUCUCAGUCCAGUUUUUGGUAAAUUUGAGCCACAUCCAGCCGCCGGUUUCAACAUGGGCUACCUCAUGGCGCCUUACCCCUACCCCAACGGUGGUGCGCACCCGCUGCCUGUCUCUAUGGUAAGCAUGUUGAACGAGUCAACCAUAUUCGCAAGCAAGAUGGGUCUACCAGCGGGUGGUGGCCUCUCGUUAUUUUGCCCCGGGGGAGACCUGGGCCAACCCCCACCAGCGCACAUGGGCAUCCCCCCUCCCUACCAGCUAGACUCUAAAUUGGCGGCGGGUCUAGCGCGGACGCCGAUGUACCCUUUCCCCGGGGGCACCUACCCCUACCCCAUGCUUAGUCCGGAGAUGUCGCAGGUUGCUGCCUCGUGGCAUACUCCAAGCAUGUACCCUAUAUCUUCAGCGGCGAGUGGCUUCCGGAGUCCGUACCCCACGUCGCUGCCAAUCAGCACAUCUAGUCUAUCAAGUGAAUUAUACCGGUUUUCGCCGACAUUAGGCGGGGGUCUGGGGCUCGGUUUGGGCCCCGCGCUGGUCCCCCCACCACCCUCCAAGUCUGACCUGUUUACGCAUCAUUCAAGGUCGCAAGAGAAAAGCAGCAGUUCCAACGACAAGCCGUCAGACGCAACCAGCAGUUCCAAAGAGCAGAACAAGAAGCCCCACAUCAAGAAGCCCCUGAACGCCUUCAUGCUGUACAUGAAGGAGAUGCGGGCGAAGGUGGUCGCUGAGUGCACCCUAAAGGAGUCAGCGGCCAUCAACCAGAUACUGGGCAGACGGUGGCAUUCCUUGAGUCGUGAGGAGCAGGCAAAGUACUAUGAGAAAGCGAGACAAGAGAGGCAGCUCCAUAUGCAGCUGUACCCCGGCUGGAGCGCCAGGGACAACUACGGUUACGGUUCCAAAAAGAAAAAACGGAAAAAGGACCGCGGUCCCGCCGAACUGGGAGGAAAUAACUUGAAAAAAUGUCGAGCGAGAUACGGUCUCGAUCAACAGAACCAAUGGUGUAAACCUUGCAGGCGGAAGAAGAAGUGCGUCCGCUACAUGGAGGCGCUGGCGGCGGCGGGCGGCGCGGGGCUGCCGCUGGCGACGCCGCAGUCGCCCUGCUCUGAGGAGGACGUGAAGCUGGAGGAGCUGUCGGACGCGUCCAGCGACGAGGCCGACACGCCGCUCAACUCCGCGUCCAGCCCGGGCGGGCUCAGCGCGCUGUCCUCGCUGGCGUCGCCCGCGUCCGACCCCCCGCCGGCGCGCAACCCCGUCGGCACCAACCCGCGCGACGCCAACAACCCGCUGUCCGUCAACCAGCUCACGUCGCAGUCGUGGCCCCGCGCGGCGCAGGCGCGGCCCGGCCACGAGGUCAUCUCCGUGUCGUAGGGCGCGACCGACUGACCCCCCUCGCCCCACCCGCCUGUACUCGGUCAUCCCUUUGAUGCGCUCGCGUCUGCACACGAGCCUCGUCUCUCGCGCUCCUUCCCGGAUCAAAGCUAUAACCGAGUACAAGUUGUGUUUCUGGACUCCAAUAGAACAAUGUCGUGUGUUGUGUGGCGCCGCCCGUCGGCGCGGAACUAGCGUCGGUUGUGAUAGACGGUUACGAUAAACUCUGGUUUCAGCGGUAUUCAAAGGUUAUAAUCGGGUGCUAAUCUAAGCGGGUAUGUGAUUUUUAGAAAUACCGAUAUGUGAGUGCGUAUUCUAUUUUAUUUUUCACCGCUUAUGAAUCUGUUUACGAUUGACUUUUUCAAUAAACGAUAGUGGAGAUUUGUAAGCUUCCGUGGCCUAACGUUAAACCCGACCAGAUGUGCGGUAUUUCUGAAAACCCAUCCGUUCCGUAAGCGAAAUGUGUACAUUAUUAUAAUCUUGUAAUUGACAAAUUAAUGUAAAUUUAUCUUAACAAACUUACCACAUGUUAGUCCCGACAACAGUCAUUUCAACUGAUCUCAGAUUUGUAAGCACUUUGAAGUAAUUAUUUUUCUCGUUCCGAGCUCGUCGAGUCUAAUGUGUCAUCUUUGACUAGUCACAUGCUUGUGCCAUCGACUGACGGGUGAAAACGAGGAACUUGGACUCGGGAGCGACGGAAUUUAUUUAAGUCACUACCAUAUUAAACUUUUUGACGUAAAACUAUCGCACAAAGUGUCAAAUCGUUGAAAUUAACUGUUCAUAGACAAUGUGUUAUUCACUUAGAGAAGAUUUUUGUUUAUUCGUUUCGUUACUCUGUAAUGUUCUUAGUAUAUUUUUAUUUUAUUUCGCUUGUAUUUACGUUUACAUGCUGUUUACGGUUUCUGUUAGUUUGUGCUCACGUUUAUUUGACACAUUAUCUGUGGACAGACGGCGUUUCGCGCCAUUUUCGCUCUCUCACAGAUUAUAAUCCUAUCUAACCUCAACGGCCUGCACUAGAAGGUUCCAUUAGAUUUAGUAUUUAGUUUAUUUGUCCUUCGCAGUGAGCGCGUGUAUAAUAGUAUUUUAAGGCAACGCGAAGGGCUAUUGUUUUUCCGUUGUGCGGAAUCGUUAGACUGUCUUAGGUUAGAAUAGGCACGUUGUAUGAGUGAUUCAUGAUGUUUCGAAGAAAUUCCUCUUUUAUAUAACGCAUUUAUUAAAAACUAGAGUCGAGAAAUUCAUAAUUGUCGCCUUAUAAAAUCUAUGGAAUGACGAUGCACUGAGAUGUAAUGAAAUUCAUGAACACGCAAAUAUUUGAAUGAUUUAACAAAUUGUAACAAUGUGUAAAAGAGUAAUUUUUGCCAAACAUCUCUGUAUAUGUGUAAGUACAUGAUGUAACUGUAUAAAGUGUAGGUUAAUCUAACUGUGUCAUAUUAGACCUAAGUGUACUAUUCUACUUACAUAUUCAUAUACAUACACUAUUGCUAUAUAAACAAAGGAAAUUUAAAAAAAUAUAAGUUCAAUACCAACUCAAUAUGUCACCCUUUAUAUCCUUGUUUUAAACAGAGCUAAUGUAAAUAAUUUGUAAUUCGCAGUUAGACGUUCUUUGGCGAAGAAAUUGCAUUUACUAUUAUUAUGAGAAAUUUGUGCCCACGGAAUGUUUGUUUUGUCCAGCGACUUUUUGUUAAUUACUUUUUUUAUUGUUAUUAUUAAGAAUUUUAACGUUGUUGACGGCAAUAUCUAACAGACUAGAAUCGUGAUCGUGAUUGAAAUAUCAAAUAUCUUUACUCUUACCGAAUAUAUUAUCAUUGACUAAAUUGACUACAGGAUAUCAUUGUUUGACAUUGGAUCGAGUGCGAGUUGCAUGAAUAUAAUGUGCAAUACUGGAGCUAUAUGGGUACUGUAUAUUUUUUAAAUGUAAUAGCUUUUCCUGUAAAAGUACGUUUUAAGUUUUUAUAAUUGAAAUUAUAUGGAUUUUCGGAUAUUAUAUGUGAAAAAGAAAUUUUAUUUUUGGUUUUAAAGAAACGUGGUGCGAAAUGUGCCAAAACCAUCUGCAGUUUUAUAGAGAAUGGACAGAAAAUUUUGUAUUUGUGCCAAAUUUAACAAAUGGGCGUGUCGUCGCCGAAUACCUCUUCUUAAAGGUCUUUAUGUUGAUAGAUUUUAUAGGUUGUUUUUAUUGUUAAGAUGGUAAAGACAGACGGCAUGGAGCCGAUUAUUAUUAUUAUUUUUCGUAGGGAAAAUUUGUCAAAUUAGAAAACUCAAUUAUUAGGUCUGGACCCAUGUCUUGUGUUCAGUUGAACGAAUAUUAUUUUAAUAAACAAUAUAAAAUUGUA